GCCACCCUCCCGCACGGUGCCCCGCGAGCCAGGCCGAGGCCGCCCCUUGGCACAGCACCCGGGCCYGGGAGGAGGACGCCCCGCAGGGUGGCGCGGGCUGGGGCCGGGGCAACCGCCUCCCGAAGAUGCAGGAUGGCACCAGAGCCGCCGCCGCCCCGCGCGUCCUACCGCACCACGGGCUCCACCUGUCUGCACCCGCUCAGCGAGCUCCUGGGCAUCCCGCUGGACCAGGUGAACUUCGUGGCCUGCCAGCUCUUCGCCCUGCUCGCCGCUCUCUGGUUCCGCCUCUACCUGCAUCCUGCUAAGAGCAGCCCCGCCGUCCGGCAUGCCUUCGCCACCAUUUUGGGCACUUACUUCGUCAUCUUUUGCUUUGGCUGGUACUCCGUACAUCUUUUUGUGCUGGUGUUAAUGUGUUAUGGAAUCCUGGUCACCGCAAGUGUAUCCAGUAUACACAGAUACACUUUUUUUGUGGCGAUGGGAUACCUUACAAUAUGUCACAUCAGCCGAAUAUACAUCUUUCACUAUGGAGUGCUCACKACAGAUUUUUCGGGGCCCCUGAUGAUCAUCACUCAGAAGAUCACAACCCUGGCUUUCCAAGUCCACGAUGGAUUAGGUCGAAGAGCUGAAGACCUUUCUGCUGAGCAACAUCGACUUGCAAUAAAAGUGAAGCCCUCUUUUUUGGAAUACUUAAGUUACCUUCUCAAUUUCAUGAGUGUCAUCGCUGGCCCUUGCAAUCAUUUCAAGGACUAUGUAGCAUUCAUCGAAGGGAGACAUACCCACAUGAAGUUGCUGGAAGUGAACGGGAAGCACAAAGAUUUCCACAGCUUGCCAGAGCCUUCUCCAACUGGAGCUGUGAUGCACAAGUUGUGUGUCACGCUGGUGUCUCUCCUGCUGUUCCUGACGCUCACCAAGACCUUCCCGGUCACCUGCCUGGCCGAGGACUGGUUUCUCCAGAAGGCAGACUUCCCGACGCGUCUCUGCUACCUGUAUGUCGUCAUGCAAGCCUCAAAGCCCAAGUAUUAUUUUGCGUGGACGUUGGCUGAUGCGGUGAACAACGCGGCUGGCUUUGGGUUCAGUGGCGUGGAUAAGGACGGCAGGUGCUGCUGGGAUCUGCUGUCCAACCUGAACAUCUGGAAAAUAGAGACUGCCACGAGUUUCAAAAUGUACUUGGAGAACUGGAACAUCCAGACGGCUGCGUGGCUGAAGUGCGUGUGCUAUGAGCGGGUUCCCUGGUGCCCUACGGUGCUGACCUUCGUCCUCUCCGCCCUCUGGCAUGGCGUCUACCCGGGGUACUACUUCACCUUCCUAACUGGAGUCCUCGUCACGUUAGCAGCUCGGGCGGUGAGGAACAACUGCAGACAUCACUUCCUUUCUUCCAAAGCUCUCAAGUGUGCGUAUGACCUGGUGACCUGGGCUGUCACUCAGCUGGCCGUCUCCUACACGGUGGCGCCCUUCGUCAUGCUGGCCGCGGAGCCUGCCCUCAGCUUGUACAGGUCCAUGUACUUUUACUUACACAUCAUAAGUCUCCUGAUCAUACUUUUUCUGCCAAUCAAACCACAAGCUCAUCUUCAAAGGCAGCCUCAGACCACAAAUUCUGUUAAUAAGAAGAAAACAGACUGAUACCUCCAAGAAAGCCGAACAAGUAAAAUUGUAAGACAUUGGGGAGACCAAGAAAGGGCUCGAAGGCUCUCCAGUGACUUAGAGGCCAUGUUUACAUGCUUUUUGUUUGUUUGUUUGUUUGUUUUAACUGCAGGGAGUAUUUUUGUGAAGCCUUUUUGUACAGUUACAUUGGCCAUGUGCAGUCUAUUUGUUUUAACAUUUUCUAGGACCUGUCAGUGGCUGGAGGUGGGGAGACAGUCCGUCUGGGCUGCCGGGUCUUUGCCUUACUGACAUGGUUUUCAUCUGCUGGACUCUGGAUGCCGCAGGCUGGGCAUUGGCUCCGGAAGUUAGAAGGUGAUUGCUGAGAAGAUGUCACAGACAUGGCGGUUCCUCAGCAGCUCCGACCCCUUUGAUGUGUGACAUUACUGGUUUGUGGAUACAGUGACUACACUCAGCAGACCCUGGAGGAGAGGGAUCAUGGAGGACUGCCCCUGAAAACUUGAAAUGAACUCAUGUGCCCUCAGAGAGGCUGCAUUUCCCCCAGGAAUGGAACCCUUUCCCUUCGUUUUUCCUGAACUGAGCCAAGAUAGGAAAUGAGUACCUCUCCCAUGAGUGCCCAGAGCCGCAGAGGGAGCUGCCAUUUCCGUUUCCCAUGCACCUGCUUCAAGAUGGCCCCAGGAGACACCGAGACCCCGUCCCAGGCAGCAGAAUGCCCUUUGAAGCAAUAAUCCCUUUAAAUCGAAAUUGAAAGUCACACAGAAGUUUGGUAAGAAGCAGAAGAUGAUUCCCUCGCUCCCCUCUUUUCAUGGAGGUGUUAAUGAUGGUGGCUGCAACGUCCACACAGGCUGAUUUUCCAUUUUUCCAUUUUGUAGCUGAUUAAAUCCAGCUUUGUUGAAGCUGACUUAUCAUAUAUUAGAAAGCAGAAAUUUAAAGUCAGUUUUCUUUUCUGUCUUUGUUAUGAAUGUACCAUGGCUCCUUUUGGGGACUACUAUUGGGUGGUGUUCUCUGUGGGAGAAGAAAACAUGCUAUUAGAUAUUGUGGAAAAUAAUGAAGAUAAUAAUGAAAUAUAUGCUGCAAUGAUGUGCCUUCAAUCAAACAG